UUCAGUGGGAAGAUAGACGUUGAAAACGGUGAAAUAUUUGGAGAAUUUCUGGAUUUAAAAGGCGUUUCACGGAUACGUAUUAAGCUGUUCGGUGAUUUUACCGGCUUUGUGUAGUUUUUAUGUGCCGCUGUGUGCUUUUAUAAAGUUAGCCAACUUGUGGUUGGCGUGUUUUUCAUUGAUCAGUGAGCGGAGAUUAUCGGUACGUUCAUGGCUCUGAUAGCUACUGACCAGGGCUGCAAGCUGAACGGGACGUCGGCUGUUUACGGCAGAGUUGGACCGAGAAAAGAGGUGUUUCAGGGCAAGGCAGAGGGCUUUAAACACACAAAAAUGCUGCCAAAAGAGACUGAAUAUUCAACAGAUGGUCUUCCCAAAGCUUUCCUCCACAGCCUGAGGACCCUGUUUGACAUCCUGGAUGACGCUGGACGAGGCUAUGUCCACAUCUCGGAGAUAGAGAGCCGCUGGCAGGGGGCAGACACCCGGGACUUGCCUGGUGGGGUGCUGAACUGUCUGAGGAGGGUCACCCCGCCACAUGGCUGCCUCACCUUUGAGCGGUUCGUCGCGGGGCUGCGGUACUCCAUGCUGAACCCGGAGAACAGCCAGCACUUCAAGGCCCAGGCUGCCGUUCACCCGCAGCAGGCACCAAAACAGACUCAGAAACCGGCUCCGCUGUCCACAUGCAGUGUGGGGACACGAGUGGAGAACAAGGUCCGUCCUCUGGGACCGAGCGACGUGACGAACACCCAACAGCAGCAGCACAGGUCGUCCUCUCUGCAGAGCCGGGGCAGACCGGAGGAAGGGCCCGGGUACCCGGCGUGUGGACCAGCACAGUACAGCGCGGGAUACGAGAGGUCCGGGCGGAGUUUGGAGCGCAAACCAGGAGCUCCGAACGGAGGGUGUUACCGGGCGGAACCGAGCCAGACCAACAAGCCGGCGCAGCCCCAGCAGAGCCGGGUCAGGUCCAUUGAGUCGCUGGCGCUAGAGUCACCGCAAAUCCAGGGACCAAGUGGUGUUGUGAAAUCUGGUUUACCGAGGUCUCAGAGCGAAUCUGCAACAGGAUUUUCAGGCGGCUCCAGACGACACGGGCGGAGUCGGGAAGAACAGCGGCGGCACACCAUAUCCAACGGCGUUGAUUAUGGAAUGUUGAAGCAAAUGAAGGAGCUGGAGCAGGAGAAGGACUCCCUGCUGGCCGGCCUCGAGGUGGUGGAGCGGGCCCGAGACUGGUACCAGAGCCAAAUCCACAACGUCACAGAGAGGCAGCGGCAGGUCGGCCAGAGCUCCCACUGCACGGAUUUCUUCACAGAAGCCAGCCAGAGUCGAAUGAAUGUACUCAUACCCAAACUUCAAGAAGUCAACCGCUGCCUUAAUGACCUCAUUUCCUGCACUGGGAUGCAGUCAUAUCCAAGCUCUGCUCCGACAGUAGGGCUUUCAGCUUCCCAGCUUCCAGGUCCAGCUCCUCCACAAGCCAUCCAGAGACUGAAGGACCAGAACCGACUUCUCACACAGGAGGUGACGGAGAGGAGCGAGCGGAUCGCACAGCUGGAGCAGGAGAAGUCUGCUUUGAUAAAGCAGCUUUUUGAGGCUCGAGCCCGCAGCGCGCAAGACACCAGCACUCUGGACUCCACCUUCAUCUGAACUCCAACAAACAGCAGCAGAAUCAUCUUUAAAAUGUUUCAGUGAGGAAUGAUUGCGGAGGAAAACAUUGGCAAGACUGGAGCUGACUGUUGUUCACCCACUUUUGUAGCAGGGAUGCACCUUUAGCCACGAGCUGCACGAGACCACUCCAACAUUUAAAGAAAAGCACGCAAGACCUAGAUGUGAACACUCCGAGGAAAACCUGAUCCGAAUGACUUGACUCAAGAGUUUAAAGACUUCUUUUUUAAUUCCUGCACUCAAGCUGAAAAGAAUCCCAAGAAACUCCUGGGGUAUCCUAUCACUCCUUUUUUUGCAGGAACUUUUUAUCUCCACACCAACUCCUAAUUGAUUCUCAUGCUCGACUUCACAGGCAGCAGCAAAAAACAUGACAAUAGAGGUCUAAAGAGGUACCGACAAGCUGGAGGAGUUGUUUGUGCUGGGAUAAAAUGCCAUACUCUUGAAGUUUGGUACAAAAAUAAUUGACAAGCUGCUUGAUGUGACCUAUCAAACACAUUUUUUACUCUUUUAAGCUUGAUGAGAAUGAAAAUUACAUACACAUUUUCACUUCUUUUACUACUCCCUUCCCUUUAAAGCUCCUGUGAGGAGUUUUUAGCUGGUUAUGAAACAGUCUGAAAUAGACACUGAUGGUUCUUUAUGACCCACAAAACCCAGCAAGAUCAUUAGAAAGGGGAAUUCCUGUUUGUAUAUGGUUAUUUUUAAUGUCUGAAACUGAUGGUGUGGGGGGUAAGUUGCAGACGAAGUGAUUGAACGGUCUAGUUUUACAUUUUCCUCGGCAACAAGCCGACAAGCAAGUGAUAUUUGACUGUUAAAAGACAGGAUAAGAUUUUUGUUUACAAAUAACAGUGAGGUUGUCAAAACUUUUUCAAUACCAUUUGUUAAAAAUUGAUGCAAUCUGUUUUUUUUAAUGAUUCACAAUAUGGAAAAGUCUGUUAAUUUUGAAAAAUGAUAUCUAUUUCAUAAGUGCAAAAAAGUGGAAUGAGUCCAACAUUAAUUGCAAACAUAAGGCCUCUGCAUACUGAGUCCCUUUUUUGUCAAGAAAAAUAAUGUCACAUGCAGAAACCUUGCACUCCCUGAUGCAUUUUGCAAAUCAUUUAGAAAAUUUGCAGAACAAGAAAAAGAUCAAGCUGUGAAGAUGUUUUUUUGGGUCUUUCAGUCCUUGGAAAAAAAAAACACUGGGUUCAUAGUCUCCUGACUUAACUCUUUUAUAUAUUUUCACAUUUUGGUUUGCACGAGCUCAUGCGAGGGCCAAGGGGGGAAAGGGGAAUGCUUUUUGGGGCCCAUCGCAGUUAAGAAAAAUAGUCCUUUCCCAAUUCAAGCAAUCGUGUAUGUAAUAGUGUUAUGUGAUGUUUUAUGGUUGAAAUCCACAGAAUGGGAGCAAAGAAUUUUAAAGUUUCAAUGUGCAGGAGAGAAAAAGGGAGCAGCAGAUGUUACUCUGAAAUGUCAAACAGUUAUCUAAAUGAUUUGUAGAAUGCAAGAAAGGCAAAAAAUCAGAAAAAAAAAAAAUGACUAAAAAGGUAGAGUCAGUGUGCAGCAAUUUUGGACCGAAAAAAGACUAAGUGUGCUGGGGCCUUCUGCAAAAACAUUGAGUUUGUCUGCAAGUUUUGGUCAUUGAAAACAAAAAUUGGCAGUCAUGGACUUCUUUUUGUGUUGCCUUGGUAUCAAGACAGUUAUCAUUUGGUUUGAACCACAAUCUUAUGGAGGUCUGACAACCCUACAUACAUAUGUACAAGACAAAAUUCCAAAGUUCCUCACAGGAGCUUUUAAUGUUGAUCUAUAAUCAUAUGUUUACUUGGCGUAGGCUCUCUCAUUUUAGGGUUUUUAAUCUUAAACACAUGGAGACCGAAAGUACUGAUAUAUGAUUAUUUUAUACCCAAGUAGCAUGUCUAAUGUUACACUGUUAGAAUUUUCAGAUGUUUUUUUUUUUAAGAUUGAAGAGAUGGGAGGGCAGCUACGAGCCAUCAAGGCGUAGAGGCAGCGGCGGAUGAGAGAAGUUUGGAAGUUUGCACGUAGAAAAGAGAAGAGAAUGAUCAGACGGUGAAUGUGUCGGAGCUCGAGCUCCUGGGUUGGGAGAUCUUUCUGAUGUCACGUCAGAAACAAAUACUUAAGAAAAAAAGAAAAACAUCACUUUGGCCGUCAAGUCUUUUAAGGGGAUUCUUUGCAUGGGUCGUUUUUUUAUCUUCUGAAGAGAUUUCUGUGUGAGAGCUGGAGAUUAGCACAAAAGACUUUUUGUCCUUUAAGUGUCAAUUUUUACCAGAAAUAUUUGGCUUAAGACUAAAACUAAAAGCAUGCAGCCAUCCACCAGUUUACGGAAAUAUUUAGUUAGUGGGUGGUGGUAGGAAAUGACACAUUGUAGUUUUAUAAUGGAUCUUUAUGGUACUGCUGGGAUAUCUGCACAUAACAUAUUGUUGAUGUCUGUUUCCCAUUUGUUUGACUUAAUGUUUUUUUGCUGCUCAAACUGCAUUAUGUGAGUGAAACUCUUUCCCUCUGCUUUCUAUCAGGACACUACAGAUGAAAUGUACAAAAAUAAAUACUAC